AUGGAGAUGCAGGAAACAUCAGAGCUAGGUUUUCCUGUUGCAAGAGUUGUUAGAACCCCAGCGUCGAGAGGAAAGACUGUAACCAAAGUGAAAAAAGAACCUGCUGAUCCUAAAGAGAAGAAUCAAUCAGGCACAAAGUCAAAACCUGAUUUAAAAGACAAAAACGAAGAAACCCAGAUAAUCAAUAUAAGCGAUGUUUCACGGCCAGUACAGUCUAGACGAGUACAGAUCCCUUCCCUGCAAGACGAAGACGACUCAGCGAUUGAAGAUAUGAAGAAACGCUUAGAUAAGCUGGUGGAACAUGCAACAAAUCCACCUGCUGAGAAGGAAAAAAGGGGACGCAGCCUUGCACCUACCCAGGUUUUACCCUACCUUGGUAACUCAGUGGUGAGACGCAUCAUGGACCCAGCAGGUCCCCCUCCUGGGAGGUAUGAUCCUUUUGAAGCGGUGGACAGUCGAAUACUGGAUAAUCUAACCUGCUACGUAGCUUUUGAAGCGGAAAAACAGUUGGCGAGUCCAUAUGCAGGAGGAGAAUUUUACCUGACACUAAUGACCCCUAAAGAAAAAUGGCCGAGAAAGGAGUAUGGGUGGUUGCAUGAUCAGCAUAUGUGCAAAGGAUUAGACAUGUUCCGCCAACGGUCUAUGCGGUAUCCAUCUCCUUACAAAGGGGGAAGAGUUGCUUUCAUUGAUCCUAUCUUUUGUCGAGUUUGGUGUGGAGACUAUCGAACCAAAUUUCUACCAAAUGAGAAGAGUUGGAUAUUCAGUGAUGGUUAUUUGGACGUUGCCAAUGGUCACUACGACCAUUACUUGCCUACACACAAGAAAUGGGGGGCAGAUGUAGAUUUCGUGUAUAUCGCCCACAACGUGAACAACGAACAUUGGGUAGCCGUUGAGGUCGACAUUCCCAAAAAACAGAUCCGAGUGUUUGAUUGCAUUCCAGAUUUAUACAGAAAAGGCGAGGUGGAGGAGUCUGUGAAGCCCUACGCGAGGAUGAUUCCGUUGUUGUUGAAACAUAUGGCACCACCGGAGCUCAAGAAAGGUGAUUGUGGCGUCUUUAAUUUGAAGACCAUUGAGUGUUUGGCUUUGUGCCAUAAAUGGGACCAGCUGAAAGAUAGCAACAUGCCUCUCAUUCGUAUGAAAUACGCAGCUGAGAUUUUUGAUGAGGUACAUAAAGCAGAUGAAUCCCGGAUGUCUGAUCCUAACCCUCGAAGUUUAUUUGAUGACAAGUACGGUUUUCAGACAGACUCCGCUAACUGA